UACCAAGGUAAGAUAUGACACGGUACCAAGGGUAAGACAAGGCGGUGUCACCACAAAGAAGGUGUGCUGGGCGGAAGAGGCCUAGAAAAGUACGAGGAAGGAGAGGAAACCUUGGAAGAAGCUUUAGAAUUAUGGAACGCCCGAAAGAGAAAGAGGCGAUGGAAAUCGAAAGCGUAUCGGAAUCGGCGGCGGCCGAGCCACAAGAAUUCGAUUCAAGUGAUGAUGAAAUUGACUACUCCAUUAAACCGGAGUUCUAUGAUCCAAAUCUUGAUGAUAAAGAUGAAUUGUGGGUUCAUAAGCAAAGAAAAGGUCGGAGCUCUGAUGCUGUGCUUAGCUGCCCUGCAUGUUUCACCACCCUUUGCUUGGAUUGCCAAAGGCAUGAGCAAUAUGUGACUCAGUACAGGGCCAUGUUCGUUCUCAACUGCAAUGUCAAGACUGAUCAGAUACUGCGGCAGGGGAAACGGAAGUCAAGGAAGCCCAACGGUCGCAUGUCUUCGGAGAAGUCCCGAGAAAAUCUUGAGAAUGAUGUGGUAUUCUGGCCUGUUUGCUGCUCUGUUUGCUCAACUGAGGUUGGAGUGUUUGAUGAGGAUGAGGUUUACCAUUUCUUUAAUGUUAUUCCAAGCAACUCCUGAGCUUUUUCUUGACUGGCUUUGCUGAAUUUAAGUUAUAGGCAUGUGCUUUAAUGUAGCAUAAUCAAUCACCUGUUCGCUGACUUCAUCAUGAUGUUUCAUUUCUAAUGAACCCUAAAGUUAUUAGGAAGCGUUAAGUGUAACUUAUAGAUAUGUAAUGCCAUACAUAUCAAGCUUUUGUAGGGUUAUAAACUUAUACUGCUCUAAUCAGAUGAUCAUGGCAAAUUGCUCCUACCAUAAGCUAACUAUCAUUUAUGUUAUUUUGGU